AGACGCCGGACCGGAUCCCUAGAGUUGUGUUCCUGGCCCGGCUGCGUAGCCUUGACCCGUGGCGGUGGCCACUCGACUCGGUGCGGUUGGACCCGGGCAGCAGUGGCCGGCGCCCCGCGGCAUGAGCCGGUGACUGAGCACCGGGCCGACCGGGAGGCAGCCGUGGCCGAGGCGUGCGGGGACGAGGCUGUGUGUGUCAUUAUGUGUGCGUCAGUCAAGUACAGCAUCCGGGGUCCUGCCCUCAUCCCGAGGAUGAAGACCAAGCAUCGCAUCUACUACAUCACCCUCUUCUCCAUCGUCCUCCUGGGCCUCCUAGCCACGGGCAUGUUCCAGUUCUGGCCGCACUCCAUCGAGUCCUCCAGCGACGGGAGUGUGGGGAAGCGCAGUGUGCGGGACGUGCCCGUGGUCAGGCUGCCGGCUGACAGCCCCAUCCCCGAGCGGGGCGACCUCAGUUGCAGAAUGCACACGUGCUUUGACGUCUACCGCUGUGGCUUCAACCCCAAGAACAAGAUCAAGGUGUACAUUUAUUCUCUGAAGAAGUACGUGGAUGACCUCGGCGUCGCGGUCAGCCACACCAUCUCCCGCGAGUACAACGAGCUGCUCACCGCCAUCUCGGACAGCGACUACUACACCGACGACAUCAGCCGCGCCUGCCUCUUCGUGCCCUCCAUCGACAUGCUGAACCAGACCCCGCUCCGCAUCAAGGAGACGGCGCAGGCGUUGGCCCAGCUGCCCAGGUGGGACCGAGGCACCAAUCACCUGUUGUUCAACAUGCUGCCUGGAGGUCCCCCGGAUUACAACACGGCCCUGGACGUGCCCAGGGACAGAGCCCUGCUGGCCGGCGGUGGCUUUUCCACGUGGACCUACAGACAGGGCUACGACGUCAGCAUUCCCGUCUACAGUCCGCUGUCGGCCGAGGUGGAUCUGCCCGACAAAGGUCCCGGCCCACGGCGGUACUUCCUCCUGUCGUCUCAGAUGGCCAUCCACCCCGAGUUCAGAGACGACCUGCAGGCCCUGCAGGCCCAGCACGGGGAAUCGGUGCUGCUGCUGAACAAGUGCACCAACCUUUCAGAGGGCAUCCUUUCCUUCCGGAAGCGCUGCCACAAGCAUGAGGUCUUCGACUACCCCCAGGUGCUGCAGGAAGCCACUUUCUGUGUGGUCCUCCGUGGAGCUCGGCUGGGCCAGGCGGCACUGAGUGACGUGUUGCAGGCUGGCUGCAUCCCUGUGAUUGUUGCGGACUCCUACAUCCUGCCUUUCUCCGAAGUCCUCGACUGGAAGAGAGCAUCUGUGGUGGUCCCAGAAGAAAAGAUAGCUGACAUGUACCAGAUUUUGCAGAGCAUCCCCCAGAGACAAAUCCAAGAAAUGCAGCGACAGGCGCGGUGGUUCUGGGAAGCAUACUUCCAGUCAAUUAAAGCCAUUGCCAUGGCCACCUUGCAGAUCAUCAACGACCGGAUCUAUCCCUAUGCAGCGAUCUCCUAUGAGGAAUGGAAUGACCCUCCCGCUGUGAAGUGGAGCAGUGUGAGCAACCCCCUCUUCCUCCCACUGAUCCCACCGCAGUCCCAGGGCUUCACGGCCAUCGUCCUCACCUACGACAGAGUGGAGAGCCUCUUCCGAGUCAUCACCGAAGUGUCCAAGGUGCCGAGUCUCUCCAAGCUGCUUGUUGUGUGGAAUAAUCAAAAUAAAAACCCUCCAGAAGAUUCUCUCUGGCCCAAAAUUCGGGUUCCAUUAAAAGUUGUAAGGACGGCUGAAAACAAGCUGAGUAACCGCUUCUUCCCUUACGAUGAGAUCGAGACGGAGGCCGUUCUGGCCAUCGACGAUGACAUCAUUAUGCUGACUUCCGAUGAGCUACAGUUCGGUUAUGAGGUCUGGCGGGAGUUUCCUGACCGCCUGGUGGGUUACCCGGGCCGCCUGCAUCUCUGGGACCAUGAGAUGAACAAGUGGAAGUAUGAAUCCGAGUGGACCAAUGAAGUGUCCAUGGUACUCACAGGAGCAGCCUUCUACCACAAGUAUUUUAAUUACCUGUAUACCUACAAGAUGCCUGGAGAUAUCAAGAACUGGGUGGAUGCCCAUAUGAACUGUGAAGACAUUGCCAUGAAUUUCUUGGUGGCUAACGUCACAGGGAAAGCUGUCAUCAAGGUAACCCCACGCAAGAAAUUCAAGUGUCCUGAGUGUACAGCCAUUGAUGGGCUCUCCCUAGACCAGACACACAUGGUGGAGAGGUCUGAGUGCAUCAACAAGUUCGCCUCGGUCUUUGGGACCAUGCCGCUGAAGGUGGUGGAGCACCGAGCUGACCCUGUGCUCUACAAAGACGACUUUCCUGAGAAGCUCAAGAGCUUCCCCAACAUCGGCAGCCUGUGACCUGCGCGGGGAACCCUGCAGCUUGCACCCCAGGAAGGAUGCGGCCUCCUGGGCCAGUGCCCAGCCACUCAGCUGCCUGGGCCCAGCAGCCUGCAUUGUGCAGGCUCCCUGGCCUUGGGAUCACCUGUGGCUUCUCCCUGAAGGGCCACAUGGAAGCCUUGGGGGAGCCUGCUCCAGAUUUCAGUGCAGCUCAGCUGCCUACCUUUUGGUUUCCAAUCUGGAAGGAAACCUGACUGUAAGACUGCUGGAGAAAAGAAGCCCGUCAGCCCAGGUCAGACCCGGGGACUCCAUACCUCACUUCUGGUUACCUGGCCAUCAGUGAGUUCUGCAGAGAAGCGGCCCAGCCUGGAACUGGCUGCAGAAGCCAAGCCUGUCUGUGAAUUCAAUCCAUGCCAC